CAGGAAAUUCUAUUCAUAAUUGUUAUAGAGUUCCAUCUAUAGAAAUGGGGAAUUGUCAUACUGUUGGACCAAAUGAAGCCUUGGUUGUAUCAGGUGGAUGUUGUGGAGGUGAUCAUAAGCAAUAUGUUAUUGGUGGAUGGGCAUGGGCUUGGUGUAUGGUUACUGAAGUACAAAGAUUAUCAUUGGAAGUGAUGACGUUAAAUCCAGUGUGUGAGAAUGUCGAAACUGCUCAGGGUGUCCCAUUGACAGUAACUGGAGUUGCACAGGUCAAGGUCAUGACUGAGAAAGAUCUUCUUGCUUCAGCUUGUGAGCAGUUUUUGGGUAAAACAAUUACUGAGAUUGAACAAGUUCUUCUUCAGACUUUGGAAGGUCAUCUCAGAGCUAUUCUCGGAACCCUCACUGUUGAAGAAAUCUACCAGGACAGAGACAGAUUUGCCUCUCUCGUACGAGAAGUUGCUGCACCUGAUGUGGGUCGUAUGGGUAUUGAAGUUCUGAGUUUUGUUAUCAAGGAUGUAUCUGAUCGUGUAGAUUAUCUCUCAUCUAUUGGACGUGCACAAACAGCUGUUGUAAAACGUGAUGCAGAUAUUGGUGUUGCUGAAGCAGACAGAGAUGCAGGAAUUCGGGAAUCUGAAUGCGAAAAAGCAAAGAUGGAUGUUACUUUUGAUGCACAAACCAAGGUUGCCGACUCAGAACGUCUGUUCGAAAUGGCUCAAGCUUCGUUUCAGAAGGAAGUGAAUGCUGCGCAAGCUGAUGCUAGACUUGCGUUUGAAUUGCAAGCCGCAAAAGAACGACAACAAAUUCGUGCUGAAGAAAUUCAAAUUCAGGUUGUUGAACGGCAUAAACAGAUUGAUGUCGAAGCAAAAGAAAUUGAACGUAAAGACAGAGAAUUGGAAGCUACUGUUCGUAAACCAGCAGAAGCUGAAGCUUACAAAGUAGAAACUUUAGCUGAGGGAAGAAAAACGAAAACUGUGGAGCUAGCCAGAGCUGAGGCUGAGAAAAUUAAACGAGUGGGUAAAGCACAAGCUUUCUCAAUUGAAGCUAUCGGUAAAGCAGAAGCAGAAAGUAUGAGACAAAAAGCUGCCGCUUACAAACAAUAUGGAGAUGCUGCUUUGAUGUCGCUCAUCUUGGAAUCUCUGCCGAAGAUUGCGGCUGAAGUAGCAGCACCAUUGUCUCGCAUCGAUGAGAUUGUGCUGCUUGGUGAUGCAGAUCGCACAACAAGUGAAGUGACAAAGUUGUUAUCCGAGCUACCACCGGCUGUACAAGCCAUUACAGGAGUAGACUUGUCAAAGGUCUUGAAGCAGAUACCUGGAGCAAAAUAGAAUCUUGAUUUGAAGAUGUGUUGUAUAUCAGAUUCACAGACUCAUAGAAAAGAUAUUUUCCAAUAAAGAGAGACAAGGAAACCAUAAUUGUCCUAACUGUAGUAACACUGCACUAAAUUUUUAUCAAUAAUAAAUUUGUAAUUAUUGUCUCCUAAAAAGUACAUUUAAGUUUUAACAUUUAAUGAGAAAUUUUUCUUGUCAUGAUAUUGCAUGCUGAUAGCGAGACUAAAAUUUGCAAAAACUGUCAAAGUUGGAGAGCAUUCAUUUGUUGUAACCCUACAGAUGGAAGAAUUUUAGGCUUUUUAUUUUCCACUUUUUUUUACAUUUGAAUUGUAAGAUCAAGAUUGUAGACUUACCUAUUACAAUGUCUGGCAUUUGAUCUGUAGGUAUCUUGUUGUAUUCAAUAAGCAUGAACAGUCCUCAAGCUUAUUUCUAUUCAACUUUGACAAAAGUGUAAAUUUGCUCAGGUUUUAUUUGUGUAUUAUAUAUAACUGUAUGUUUUGUAACUCAUUUGUUGAUUUUACCGCUUUAAUUUUCUAACCAUAGCUAUCAUUUACAGCUUCAUUAUGCAUGUUGUUUUUUAUGUUAAGUAGGUAUCUAGUUUCAGAUGGGUAACUAAAUAUGGUGUAUUUCAGUUUUUGUGAUGCAUGUUUUAUUGCUUGUUCUUUUUCUGUGCCUUGUUUUUACAGUUCAAACAUGAACUUCAGCUUUUUCCUCAAAAUUAAAUGUGUUGUACAGGGUGGCCUUGAAAAAAACAGAACCCGACAUAUUCUAGAAAAAGCAUAGCUCUUGUGCAUAUCGUCCUUGGUUACUGAAAUUUUAGGGUAUGUACCAUCAGACACAAACAGAAGUUUAAAUCUUGAAAUAAAUGUUCUCCAGUUUUGCAGAAGUUAAUAUUAAAUUUAUUGGUUCUGUUUUUCUGGGUCUCCGUGUAAAAUUUGAGUUUUGUUUGACUAGUUUUACUCAAGAGAGAAAAGUAAAUGCUUUUAAAUUUUUUAAAGAUGGCUGAAUCAAUUGCAAUAUUUGUUGGUGAAUGCAUUUUUAAUUGGUUUGCUGUAUUAAACUAUAGCUGAUGUAUAGUUUUUAAUAUUUUUACGAAUUACAUUAAGACGAGUAUACUUGAAACUAUUCUUGGAAAUAUGAAUUUACCAUUUCAAUGAUUGUGGUGAUAUAAUAAGUAGUGAAUGUUUAUAGGCCAUAGAAGUAGUUGGGAUUUUAUUUAGCUAUGCUUUGAUCGAAUUUUUUCCAGAAAUAUUUCUGCAAAAUUUUAACUGGAACUGUAUUAAGUAUUCUUUAUUGUGUUCAGUCCCAUUGCAAUAACUAAGCCACACCAGUGAUUUUAAGUUGUGUGUAGCAUGUAGACAUGUGGAAUUCUCUCGGUCAUCAAAUUUUCAACUAUGCCUAUUACAUUCUCGUAAUCAGGCAGCAUUGUGAUAACAAUUCCUGAUUUGAAAAACUGUUUAGAAAUUUUUUUAUUUACUGUUCAUUGGUAAUGUUGUAACAUCAUUUUUUGCUCGUUCCAUCCUUUGUGUGAAGGCUAAGUUUUAACAAAAGAUCAUGAGUACAGUUGCUAAUGGUGAUAUGUUUGAAUAAUGAUAUAUAUUUUGUGUUUCUUUUUCAAUAAGGCCUACUUUUGAUUUUUUGCAAGUAGUUUAUGUAUGUUUGAGUUUUAUGCACAAAUAUGUGUAAAUUCAAUAAGAUGAGCCCCCUUUUCCUUUUACUCAAAGCUUAUUUUUUGGUACGUCCAAGUUUUGGUAGAGUUAUUUGUAGACUAUAUAGAUACACAGCGGGUGCUAUAUCUUAUAUAUGCAGUUUCAAUUUGCAUGUAUGGCAUCAAGCCUCUUGUUAUGGACAUACUAAAUGUAAAUACACCUAAUAAACAUGACUCAUAGAAAA